ACUAAACUUGUGGUAUAUAUGCAAACUAUAUAACAUGCAUCCUCAUCACAAAUCACAUUCCGGCCACUAAUAUUUUUAGAGUCCAUACCAUGGCACCAAAGGACCAAAAGAAUUCAUACGUGGCAGAAACUUUCAGGUCCACCCUAUUUAUCUAAACACCGGUCACAAUAAUCCCCCAUUUAAAUUCAAAGCCACACAAAAAUCCCUCCCAAUCCCUCCAUAAGAAACCACACGUAAAACACCAUACUCUAGCCUCGGUUCCACACUCUCCACAUUUCACAAAAUGGGAUGCACCUCAUCGAAACCGGUAGAUGUGGCCUUAGAUUACAAGCCAGCGCCGGCGAGCUUCGCCGUCUUCAACAUCAACGGCGUCCAAGAGCCUUGGCUCGGUCUCGAGAACACAACGGUCGAGAAGGAUGACAAACCAGUACAUGUGCCAGCGCAAAUCCUCGACAAGCUCGACGAGUCUGACGCCACCGCCCCGCCACAGACUUGGGACGAGGUGAGUAAGGAGUUAGAGAACCUAAAGCCUAAGCUCAGCCCAAAGCCAAGCCCAGCACCACCGCCAGUGGCCAAGAAGGAGCCGCAAGAGGAGCAGAGGAAGCCGCGUAAGAGCUUGUCGUUCGAUUCUUUCCACACUCUAGAAGAGCUCGACAACAAGCUGACGGCUCCGAAGACGGCCGGGUUGAAGAAGAGCGAGUCUAUGCGUUCCUUGCAGUGGAAGAAACGGUCCGACUCCCAAGUCGAUAUGCCAUCACCGGACAUACAAACCCAAACCGAGUACAAGUCAGUGAAGGAGAACAUAUUCAUAAAGAGGGACAGAAUGGAGAGACAGAAAGAAGGGCAGGUGGCGGUGAUAGACAAGCUGAUGAGCCUAAGAGACCCGCUGAGCGACUACCCGGAGAAAUGUCCUUCGGGGGGAGCAGAAUCCGUGGUGAUCUACACGACGUCGUUGCGUGGGGUGCGGCGGACAUACGAGGACUGCCAGAGAGUGAAGUCAGUGUUCGAGGUGAACAGGCUGGUGUACGACGAGCGUGACGUGUCGCUGCACGGCGAGUUUCUGACGGAGCUGAAGGGUUUGCUGGGGGAGGGGCUGGGAGUGCCUAGGGUUUUCGUGAAGGGGAGAUAUGUGGGGGGAGUGGACGAGGUGGUGGAGCUUAACGAGAGUGGAAGGCUUGGGAGGAUAGUGAAGUGGGCACGUGUGGAGACCGGGGCGGGGCCGCAAGCGUGCGGCGGUUGCGGUGGGGCGAGGUUUGUGCCGUGUAUGGAGUGCGGGGGGAGUUGUAAGGUGGUGAUUGGGGAUAAGAAGGAGAGGUGUUCCAAGUGUAAUGAGAAUGGGUUAGUUUACUGUGUGGCUUGCUGGUCCUUGACAUGAUUUGGAUGUAAGCAACUCUGUAUAUUACAUACAUUUUGUGGGAUUUUUAUGGGUUUUCUUCUCUUUGAAUAUGUGUUGGUUUAGUGGUGUCAUGAGUUUUUGAUUGGGUGUUUAGAACAUAAAGAUAUAGAAAGCUGAUUUGUAAAUGUUGCUUAUAUUUUGGUUGAAAGGUGAUUUGUAAAUCUUGCUUAUGUUUUGGUUAAAUGGCGUCAUGUGUUUUAGAUUGGUUGUUUAUGACAAAAAGAAAAAGAAAGAUGGGUUUUUAGAAAAGAUUGGACUGUUUACGGUGUGUGGUAUUUUGUUAACAUUCGAGUGUAAUAGACGGGUGAGCUACUUAACAUACAUACAAAAAGGGCCCAACCGGGUUCGAACCGGUGACCUCUUGAUCUGCAGUCAAAUGCUCUACCACUGAGCUAUGGACCCAUUUUGAUUAUUUUUAUUGUGUUUAAUAUAUUUAGUGAGAAGUUCAUUCUUCCGAAAAAUUCUAUUGUAUGUAUAUAGCUGUCAUUGCUUUAUGAGUAGAUAAGAUAAAUAAUAUCUAUUUUCAGCCACACGAUAUUGUAUGCAUAGCAUACAUCAAUGCACUAUAGACAAAUCCAAUUUUUCCUUAUGAAAGACCAUUUCUAUUUACAGUAUUGUUUUGAUACAAUGACCAUUCUACAAGACUAAAAAAGAAAAACGAAAACUAAGCACUAUUUCCCGUAGCAGUAGUGUAUGACACCACACCUUGUGCAAUGAAGCGACUCAAGCGAGGCAUUGAGGCAAGUCUCCACUUGCCGAACUCUUGGUCAAUGCUUCUCUUUGCAAGAACAUGUUCUAGCUUCUCCCAAUAUAUGUGAAAUAGUCAAAAAGCUUUACAAAUCACAAAUAACGUACCUAGACGGUGAUAGACCACAUCACUAUUAUGAAUAUAGGGUAAAUGAACACAGGAUUCACAUCCUACCACAACAUUUCUAGAUGAGAGUUUAGCAUCCAAUUGAAAUCCAGUGAAUCCAUCCACCCAUUUACACUUUCCUUUUUGUGUGGCUUAAUCAAUGGGUGAAAGAAAACCUAGCAGUCAAGAUAGUGAACAUGGGAUAAAAGUCCUUUGAUUCAAAGCUGUGAUUUUGUGAAUGAUUCGUGUGAAACAAUCAAGGGACAUCUAAAGCUUCAAGCCCUCCAUUGUGGACUCUACAUUCAUGUCAUGCAUGACGUGAAGUUGAUUUCCUCUCUAAAGUCUCAACUAGAGAAGCAAAGCAAGUCAAUGUUCUAAAACAUGCACAAAUCUAUAGCUUGCUAGAUGCUUGAAAAGGUCACUGCCAAAAUCAAAGAAGAAAAGAAAAAUUCCUUUUACAGGGUCAGAGAAAAUGCUUGAAGCAUAUUCUUCUCGGUUAUGCAGUUGUUAUCUAUCACUGUUGUUGAUCGAAGAAAACUAAAAAUAAUGGAAGAGAAGACAAUCACUGCAAAAAGAUGGUGCAGCUGGCUUCACCGACGUACCCUUAUGCCCUGCAAAAUCUGCAGUAGAUGGCCUAACAGUGACUACCCGUUAAGCUAAAGAUUGUCCUCAACCAUACUAGACAAGACACGUCCACCAACUUCGUUUUCUUCCCUUUUUCUUGGUUCACUGCACUCUGUUUGAUAAACAAAACCACCAACUAUUGGACCUGGGUUUCAUCGAUUCCGGCCUAGCAAAAGUUGGAAGUGCUUUUGUCAACAGCAUAGAGUUCCAAAGUCUCUAGUGAAUCGAAUUCCAUCUACUAACUCAAGGAAGCACUAAGAGG